AUGAGUUGGAUGGAUUCAUGGUCGAGACCAGGCAAACGCCCUGCAGUCCUGCCUCCGUUCUACUUGACUCAGGAACACGCAGCAUACUGCCAGACAUGUGGACGAGCGAUGAGCUCGCGUAAGAUCCAACAGGCGCAGACCAAAAUCAUCAAGUAUUGUUCAGAUGGCUGCCGUCACCACAAGCCAGGACCAUUGGACCGCAAAAUAGAAAGGGCAAUGGUGGCAUUGUUGAACGCGGAGCCGGGCUCAGGGAUCGAGGAGACGGCCGCCAAGUCCAAGUUUGUAAAAGGGGACCAACGGAACAUCAUCACUAUGCAGGAGGUGGAGAACCUCAUGUUCCGCCCAAAGCCUGCUCCUCCUAGUGAUUCUCCGGCUUCAAGACCGACUGCAGAGACAUCCGACGCCAGUGAUAUUGAUGCUCAGGCCGAGCAUGGCGCACCACCUUCUGAAGGCAGUGUAGGUGGGCUAGCGAGUCGUGAAGGGUCCCUCGAACCUGCAACAUCUGAUGGGUCUGAAAGCAUCGAUGAGGGCAGUCUUCCAGGCGCUGCUCGACCCACUGCGGAGGAUGAGUUGAAAAAGAGACAAGAAGGCCACCGUCGUGCAGAGCAGAGAGAAAUGGUCAGGAGGGCGGCCCGGAGACUGGUCGUAUUUGGAUGUGACCAAGAGCGCCAUAAUACACAUGGCGAUCACCCCAAGAAGCCGAACAAGCGUGCUGCAAAGGGCACCACUGCUGGUGUUCAAGGGUCGGCGUCGGAGACGGUGCGCCGCAAGUGUGAAGCAUUGAUGAACGGAACAGUGGUCGAACCAAGUUUUGCCAAAGGCAACUGGGCCAUUCGGUGGAGGGAGGAAAUAUGA